AUGAUCAAGAACCGGCUGUGUGAGCUUGUCUCAAAUCAGAGCUCACACGCGAGGAUCGUGCCGGAGUUUGGUCGACGCGCGCGCCGGUCAAUGCUCGUUUCACCCCAUCAUUCGGGGAUUCGGGCGUUCGUACGUCUGGGCGGCUUCGACGGCUUGCUGCAUGUCAACGACAUGCGCUGGGGGCAUGUCGCGUCGCCUCGGGAUCUGGUCGAGAUUGGUCAGACGCUUACCGUCAAGAUCAUCCGGCUCGAUCGCGAAACGCAGAAGGUGAACCUCAGCCUGAAGCACUUAGCAGACGAUCCUGUGACCACCUUUGACAGAGCAGCUCUCCAGUAUGAGGCGAGACGGUGCUGCGCACGUAACCAAUGCUGA